AUGCAAAAUCCACAAUUGGUGUGUCCUUUGCACCAAGGAAAUUUUAUUAAAUAUGUGAGCUUUGAACUUAAUGUUGAUCCAUAAGAAAUGUUGCUUUGUAAGAAAUGUGCUUCUGAAAAAUUUUAAGGUGGCGUUUUGGAAGAUUUAAGAUAGCUAGAUGAUGAUUAGAGGAAGUCAGGUAAAAUGGUAUUUAGUUCAAACCUCUGCUUGAAUACAAGGAAAAGAAAAUAUAAAAUCUUAAACGGAUCGAAAGUAAAUUCAAAGGCAUUUUUGAGAGUCGACCAUAUCUGUCUAUUUAAAUUGGAGAAAAUUCUAAUUUAUCAGAAUUGAGAUAAGUAGUUUAAAGUAUCACUCAAAAUAAAUCAAAGGAUGCAGAAGCCUUGAAAAAAGAAAUUAAUUUAUGGUAAAAGGAAUCUCAAAUAUUUUUUUUAAAUAUGUGCAAUGAUAUCAAUGUGCUCAAUAGAUAACAUUAAUAAGAAAUUAAGAAAAUUGAUUACUCUUCAUUAGAUGAUCAGAUGAUCGAUGAAAUAAAUUAUUAACAUAGUUCAGUAUUUUUGAUUGAGCCUAAUUGGGAAGACAACUAUUUUUUCAUUGUAGAAAAAUCAAUAGUUAACAUGAUUACAUUGGAAAACGAUCGAAUUAAAUCAGAAAAAAUCAUUGAAGAUAAAAACGCUAUAAUUACUUGUGUAACUGAAGAUAAAGGAUAAUAAAAAUUUUUUGUUGGUUGUUAUGACGGAUCAUUUCAAGUAUGGGAAUAGAAUUUUGAUGGGAAAUAUAGAUCUUUUUAUCAAUAAAAGGACCACGAUUCUUCUAUUCAGUCCAUCAUUCUAUGCAAUAAUAAUAAUCUAUUAAUUACAUAAAGUAAAAAUCAUAUUCACUUUUGGUAUUACGAUAGGAAAUGUUUAAGAAAGAAUAAUAUAUUCCCUAAUGAAAAUGAUUAGUCAAUAGCCCACUUAAGCAUUAACUUAAACUAUUCAUUAUUAGGCGCUGCUAUUAAUGGUUAGACUAUCUCAAUUUUUAAACUUGAUUAAUGGCAAUAAUAGAUAUAACCUUUUAACAAAAUAAUAGAUGAAGAGAUUAUUAUUGACACAUGCUUUAUGAAAAAUGAUGACUUUGCUGUUUUCCUAGAUAAUUCAAGAGAAUUCCAUAUUUAUAAAAUAAAUUUCGUAAACUAAAUGGAGUUAAAGCUAUCUUAAAGAUUAAAAAUUGAGUAUCUUUAUACAACAUACUUACUUAAAGUUAGGCCAAAAUUUUACAAAGAAGUCGGAGUGCUUUAAAUAUAACAUGAUAAAUAAUUAAUAUUCGUGAAAUAAGAUUAAAACAAUAAUUACUAAAAAAUCGAAACAAAAUUAUCAUAAAAUGAUAAACUAAAUAUGAUUAUUGAAAAUAUACAGAAAAAAAUAUAAAUGAUUAGGUUUUAUAAUUUUGGGUAAAACACACUUUAUUUAUCUAAAUAAAAGCUACUAAAAGUUGCAAAACCUAAAUAUCCUCAAUGA